AUGGCUCCAUCUCCCAGGAGAAGCGGUAGGAAAGAUGCCAACGCUUUGCCAAGCAUGUCCUCAACUUUCUGGGCGAUCAUGAUCCUGGCUAGUCUCCUGAUCGCUUACUGCAGUCAACUGGCUGCAGGUACAUGUGAGAUUGUUACUUUGGACAGAGAUAGCAGUCAGCCCCGAAGGACUAUAGCCCGACAAACAGCUCGCUGUGCAUGUAAAAAAGGACAGAUUGCCGGUACAACAAGAGCAAGGCCAGCCUGUGUUGAUGCACGAAUUAUCAAAACAAAACAGUGGUGUGAAAUGCUUCCAUGUUUAGAAGGAGAAGGCUGUGAUUUGCUAAUCAAUAAAUCAGGCUGGACCUGUACACAACCAGGAGGACGGAUAAAGACAACCACGACUGAAGACCAGCUGGAAAUAUCCUGA